GCUGCCUGCGCGCAUUAUUUAUAGUACAACCAGAGUUCCCCUAAUCUCGUAUCCUCCUCCUGCUUCUCUCUCACUCUCACUCCACUUACUCUCUGACUUCAUUUCUGACACAACAGAGAUUUUAAUACUACCAGGAGUAGUAUAUACUAUGGUGAAGAAGUUCAGAGGUGUCAGGCAACGCCACUGGGGCUCCUGGGUUUCUGAAAUCCGCCACCCUUUACUGUACGUAAUUCCCAUCCAAUCUCCCCUCCAUUUCUCUUCUGGGUUUCUGGGUCUCUCUUAAAUUCUUGAUUUCCUUGAUUGUCGUCAAGAUGAAAUGAAAAGGAGGGUGUGGCUGGGAACAUUCGAGACGGCGGAAGAGGCGGCGCGCGCAUACGACGAGGCGGCAGUGCUAAUGAGCGGCCGCAAUGCCAAAACAAACUUCCCCACCGCCGCCGCUGCCACCGCAACCCCGACGCCGUCGUUGACAUCCGCAGCAGUUUCCUCUGUCUUAAGUGCCAAGCUCCGAAAAUGCUGCAAAUCGCCGUCGCCGUCCCUCACCUGCCUCCGCCUCGACCCCGAUAACUCCCACAUCGGGGUCUGGCAGAAGCGGGCCGGGUCGCGGGCCGACUCCAAGUGGGUCAUGACCGUCGAGCUUGGCAAGAAAAUCGAGCCAGCCACAGCGAAACAGGAAUUUCCGCCGGCGGCAGCGACGGCGGCGGAUGAAGGAGUUGGGUUGGGGGAGGAGGAGAAGGUGGCGUUGCAAAUGAUUGAGGAGCUCUUGAAUAGGAACUGAUCACCUAGUACUGGGAUCCAUACUACGUACUGUAGUACUUAAUUCACAUGGGGGGUUAAUUAUCCCACGUGCCGUCUCUUUCAACUUAGUGCCUUGUUUGGUUUGUCAUAUAGUUAUUUUUCUUUCCCUUUUUUUUUUCUUUGCGAAAAAAGAGGGUAAGGGUUACUGAGUAGGAAAUUCACAAGUGUUCUACAUUACUAUCCGUAAUAGGUUUAAUAAGGUUUAUGUAAUUAUGUGGGAUCAAGAAAUAAAUGGAAUGGCUCUCUCUCUCUC